CAGGCGGGCGCAGGAGGCGGCCCCUGGGCUGUGCGCUCGUCCCCCGUCGCCCCGCGCGCCACGAUGCGCAAAGGAACCGCGCCUCGCGGGGGCCAGCGCCGCCGGCCCGCACCAUGAAGCUCCGCAGCAAGGCGGCGGCGCUGCUCCUGCUGGCGCUGGCCGCGCUGCUGCUCGCGCUGUUGUCCCUGCGCCCCGGCCGAGCCGAGACCCCGGGGCUCCCCGCGCCGCCCGCGCGUGCCGCGUCCGCCCCGCAGCGCCACCCGGCGCCGGUGUCUGCGCGCCUGCCGGGGCCGGCCGUCCCUCCCCGGGCUGCGAGGCACCGGCCCCCACGUCUGCGCCCCCGAGCCAGCCGCCGGGGCGCGGCGAGGCUGGAGAAGUUGGCGAGGAGGCCUGGAGAAGCCAGGAGUUUCCAUGCUGUGCUCCCACGCGAGCUCUGGAUCCAUCUGGCUGUGGUGGCGUGUGGCAAUAGGCUGGAGGAGACGCUGGUCAUGCUCAAAUCUGCAGUGCUCUUCAGCCACAGGAAGAUGCACUUUCACAUCUUCACGGAAGACUCUCUGAAGUCGGAGUUUGACAAGCAGUUACGACAGUGGCCUGACUCAUAUACAAAGAAAUUUGAGCACAAAAUCUACCCCAUCACAUUUUCUGUUGGAAACCCUCAGGAAUGGAAGAAAUUAUUCAAACCCUGUGCUGCCCAGAGACUCUUUCUCCCGGUGAUUUUAAAGGAUGUCGACUCGCUUCUGUACGUAGAUACUGAUGUUCUCUUUCUGAGACCUGUUGAUGACAUCUGGAAGCUUCUGAGGCAGUUUAACACCACCCAGCUUGCAGCCAUGGCUCCCGAACAUGAAGUCCCAAAGACAGGCUGGUACAGCCGCUUCGCUAGGCACCCUUUCUAUGGCUCUGCAGGAGUCAACUCAGGAGUCAUGCUGAUGAAUUUAACGCGUAUAAGAAAUACCCAGUUCAAGAACAGCCUGAGUCCCACAGGCCUGGCUUGGGAAGACAUGCUGUUGCCUCUGUACCAGAAGUACAAGAAUGCCAUCACCUGGGGGGACCAGGAUUUGCUAAACAUCAUCUUUUAUUUCAACCCAGAGUGUCUCUACGUGUUCCCCUGCCAGUGGAACUACCGUCCAGACCACUGCAUGUACGGGAGCAACUGCAAAGAGGCUGAGCGCGAAGGAGUGUCCGUGGUGCACGGGAACCGGGGCGUCUACCAUGACGACAAGCAGCCGACUUUCAAAGCACUCUAUGAAGCAGUACGGGAUUUUCCCUUUCAAGACAAUCUCUUUCAAUCCAUGUAUUACCCCCUCCAGUUGAAGUUUUUGGAGACUGUGCACACUUUAUGUGGCCGCAUCCCCCAGGUAUUCCUGAAGCAAAUUGAGAAAACGAUGAGAAGAGCUUAUGAGAGACACGUCAUCAUCCACGUUGGUCCCAACCACAUGCUCUGAGCAUUUCAUCUUGUGGUCACCAUGGCAACGGGGGGGGUCAUUACGCUGCCUGGAUCUUUCGCGUGUGAUUAUUGAAUGGUGCUCCAUGACCUGCAUUCAAAAGGCCUUGUGAGACAUUGCUGAAUUAGUCACCCCUAAAAUGGAAUAAGCCUUUCUUUAACUUCUUUUUUCUCAAAUCCUAUUUAUCUCUGUUUAAUAAUUUUUAAAAAAAUCAACAACUAGGGGUGAUGGUACCUGCCUGUAAUUCUGCUACUCAGGAGGCAGAGGUAAGACGAUGGUGGCCCAAAGCCAGGCCGAGGGAAGUUAGCAUGAGCUCCUAUCUGGAAAACAAACAAAAAAGCAAAAGGACUAGGGGAUGGUGGGAGGUGGUAUCGUCCUGAGUUCAAUCUCAGAUUGUUCUAGCAGCCUUCUUAAGCUGUGAAAAAGGAACUUUUCUAAGCUUACUGAUUCUUGUUCGGGGGUUGAGACACCGUUUUAGUGGUAUGCUGGGUAUGACAUUUAUCUAGUAUUCCCACACUCUUUUUAUGCAGUUGACUUCCUCAUACACCCUUGUUGUAAAAAGCAGUACUUAUAUAAAAAACAAGCUUGUUGAGAAUCUAGGUCAUGGGCCAAACUCAAGAUUACAUUAGACAUAAUCCUACCAACCACUGGGAAAGCUUUAGUAUUUUAAUGUCUUUCCUUCCAGACUCCCCCCUCACUGUUUAACCAUUUCCAGGAAGUUCUUCUGCAUUUUCUGUUAUUCCAGGCAUUUUAAACAGAUCAUCUCCACAGAAGCCAGCUUCUGUGCUGAGAUCUUUAUGUAGGAGACUAAAACAUUAGACAAGAUUGUAUGUCUGCAGCAGUCUCCUUACAAUGUGAGAAGAGUUUAGAUUUUGGCUAGUUGGGCAGUGUGAUAAAGCAGGUAUCUGAAGGUAUUUAUUUUAAAACUUAGAUUUGCAGUGGACACAAUCGUAAGAAAUUUCUGUGUACCAAUAACUUCUGAAAGAAAUUCAGUAAUUCGGUUGAACCUCCCCGCCCCCCCUGGGAAAUUCUUUAGCCAAGAACUAUGAUUCUGCAUUCAGCCACAGACAGACCAAAGCACUUGGUUUCUAAAGUUGUCUCUAGCUGUGCUCCUAUCUCUUUUGUGAGCUCCUGUGUAGUAAAGAGAAAUGAAAGAACUUGAGAUUUGUUGUGCUCAAGUAAAUAGUUCAGAUAAUGCCAUUGACAAGAAAAUUCACCUUCCUGCCAAUCUGAGAAAGGCCUCUUUUUUUUUCCCCAAGGAGUUUUCUCUAGGGCUAACCAGUGUUAACCAAGAAAGCUCAAAGGCCCUUAAGCAUCUUGCUACAGUAGAAGAACCAAGUCUUCUAUUUGCCAAAAGGAUCUGAAGUCAACCCUAGUAUCUUCAUGGGAACAUUUUACAUAAUUCUUUUGUUUGUGGGUGCUGGUUCUGGGACUUGAACUCAAGGCUCCUUAGCUUUUCUUGCUCAAGUAUAGUGUUCUACCACUGGAGCCACAGCUCCACUUCUGGC